UUUAUAGAGAAAAUGUUUUCCAAGAUAUUUUGACCAAAUGUUUUCCUCCAUACCAAACACAUCCACAGUGUUCGAUCUUUUUGAGCUUUUUAUUCCUAAAUUCCUUUUUAACUUUUUAUUGUAAAUGUGUUGGGUGCUUAACUUAAGAUUCAAACAUGUCUAUCUUAUGAAUUGAGUCACAGACCGGCUACGUCUUUGAUGAUUUUCUUGUAAUUCCUUGUUGUCUGCUUAGUGACCAACGAUCUCAACUAUACUUCAAUCCCGAACAAGUUGGGGAACUUAUAUGAAUCCUUGUGUCCAUUCAAAGGAUUUAUCAUAAUUUACUAUCUUUACGGCGGUUGUCUUUUUUCUGGUUUGGGAGGUUAUGUUUUGCGAAACCCACAUAAUAUGAUUUUUGUAACCCCUCUCUGUCGGGUGAUAACUCAAAGCUUGAGUCUUUUGAUGUAAAUGUUACUCUUCAUUUUAUAUGUUGGUGUUUGAAAGGGAAUGAAGUUUAAGAAAGAAAGAGCUUUGACAUAUUCCAAAAGUACUCUUCGAGCUUAUGGUCAAACAUGCCGUGACAUGUCUAUGACUAUAAGAGUAUGUCAUUAAGCGCACAAGGAGAAGUUUAAAGUUAAAGAGUUUCUAAAUAUAAAAAGAAGUCAUUCUCAUGGGAAGAGUGCCAUAUAAGAUGGAACAUAUGGAAUGCCGUAUUCUGAAUGCAAAGGAAGCAAGAGACAAAGAUAUAGUUUUGGUUCACACCAAAGGUCACAUUAAUUUGAUUAAACAAAUAGGUUCAGAGAAAUUUUCAAGAAGAAAGAGGACUCUUGAGGAGUUUAAUUCCAUAUAUUUCAAUGAAGGCUCAUCAGAAGCAGCUUAUCUUGCUGCUGGUUCGGUCAUUGAGGUUGCUGAGAAAGUUGCGGAAGGAGAAUUGGAUUCUGCCUUUGCCAUUGUCAUGCCUCCCGGUCAUCAUGCUGAAGAAGAUGAACCAAUGGGAUUUUGUCUGUUCAACAAUGUUGGUAUUGCAACAAGUUAUCUCUUGAAUGAAAGAGUUGAUCUGGGCAUUAAAAAGAUUUUGAUUGUUGAUUGGGAUGUUCAUCACGGAAAUGGUACUCAAAAAAUGUUCUGGAAGGACCCUAGAGUACUUUUCUUUUCUGUACAUAGGCACGAGUCCGGAAGUUUCUAUCCAGGUGGUGAAGACGGAUCACAUGUCAUGAUUGGAGAAGGGCAUGGAGCAGGUUACAACAUAAAUGUUCCCUGGGAGAAUGCCGGGUGUGAUGAUGCAGAUUAUCUUGCUGUAUGGGACAAUAUAUUAGUUCCUAUUGCCAAAGAAUUCUGUCCUGACCUGAUUAUGAUAUCUGCUGGAUUUGAUGCAGCUAUUGUUGAUCCUCUUGGUGAAUGUUGUGUUAGUCCAUAUGGGUAUUCUAUGAUAUUGCACAAGUUAAUGGAGUUGGUGGGAGGCAGGAUAGUUAUGGCACUUGAAGGUGGAUAUGAUCUUGAUUCUACUGCAAAAUCUGUCCUUGCUUGUAUUGAAGUGUUACUACAGAAAAAACCAAUCCUUGGGACUUCUGAGGCUAAUCCAUCUGAAUCCACGUGGCGAGUGAUACAAUCUGUACGUGAUGAAUUAAGUGCAUUUUGGCCAACGCUUGCUGAGAAAUUACCCAAGAAAGUAACUAUGAAGAGAAAUCCUUACAUUCAGGAAGCGAUGUUGGUGCAAACAAGAAGUCAGUUCAGGAAGAAAAAUUGUGAGAUGGACUACAAAACAUUUCUGCAAUACAACAGGAGAACAGUAAGAUCUACAAUAUCUCAUAGAAGGAAGCAAGUCGCAGGGGAAAAGAAUGUGAAAAUGAAUGCUGCUGCUGCGGUGGAAAGGAAGGAAGACAAUGAAAUGACUGAUGCUCUGCAAUUGAAUGAUGCUACUGCUGCUACUCUGAAAAGCCCAAUGGUCACCCAUGAAGAGAAUGAGCAAAUGAAUGUUGUAGCUGCUGCUGCAGAAAAGAAUGAUGAUGAAAGAACUAAUGAUAUGCAAAUGAAUGAUGUUGCUGCUUUGGAAAAGAAUCAUGAUGAUGAAAGAAUUGAUGACGCGCAGAUGAUUGAUGUUGCUGCUGCGCCAGAAAGGUUUUGUCCCAAUGACAAGAAAAAAGAAAUUGCUAAGAAGAAGGAAAAGAGCAAAUCAGCUGCGAAUACUAGGUGUAGCUUUGGGGAUAUGUAUAAACUCAUGACUCUUAUAAAGGCUGAUGAUGCAAAGAAAAACGCUUUAAAGGGCACAAUUUUUGAGCAUUAUCUUGACAUCUCUGAACGUAAGAUUGCUGUGUCGCUUUUGGUGGCGAUGAUUGAGAAUUUUGAUGUCGAUAGAAAAGCUUUUAAAAUUGGAAAUUCAUGUAUCUCAUUUUGUAUGAAGGAGGUGCAAUAUUGCCUUGGUUUCGACUGUGUGGGUGAAGAUGUUAAAGUUAGCGAAAUUGAAAAAGGUCCCUCACCUUUGUUUUUGAACAAGUACUUUCCUGGAUUGAAGUUAACACGUAUGGAUAGGAAAAAAGCCCUUGAGUUGGUUGAAAAUUUCCCUACAGAAAUAGAGGGUUGGAAGGAUGAUUUUUUGAGACUAUGUAUAUGCUACAUGUUCUCUGUUUUUUUCUUUACCGGUUGCAAUGUAUUUAUGUCAUUUUGGCCGUUGGACUUUUUCGGGAGAUCAAUGGAUGAGUUUAGUCGUUAUAACUGGGGGAAAGCAAUCUACAACUAUCUUCUGGUAUCCAUAGAACAUUUCACUAAGUCGUACAAAAAAAAGCCGAGCCCAUAUCUGAAAGGAUGUCUGCCACUCUUGGAGACUCUGGCUUUUAGAAGACUGGCCUUGAAGUGCGUCAAGAAUGAUGUAAUCUCAAGAGCUGCUAUUAUAACAUAUGCGGAAAGUGAUAUCAGAUCGUUGGAGAAAUUAAGCGCAGUGUUGAGAACUAUGUCGCCAAAAUCAAUCAACAAGUGUGACGGAUGUGUUCCCGCUGAUAAUGUUGUUGGAGAAUCAUCCAAACAGAUGACUGUUGGAGACUCAUGUGAUACGCCAUUGCACUUGCUCCAUCUUCUUCUGAACAAGGUGAUGGAGUGUAAAACCUGCGGAGAUGCUAUAACACAAUUUCUCCAAGACCUGAUACCUGCUUAUGUCGACAUGAUUGAUCAAGAUCUACAUACUAGCUCUGGAAAGCUACUGGAAUUCUUAAGACGCAACUUCCACAAUCACUUCUCAUGAAGGAGGAUGUUGUGACUAGUUUGAUUUGGACUGGACAUAAUGACUGCAAAUGGACGCGGUCGAGGAUUAAGCCGACCACGACACAAUGGCGAGGAGUCGUCUUAAGAAGGAUUAGUGUUGAGGUCAAGUAAAGAAUGUAUGGAAGCAACAGUAGAAUAAGUUCAAAAUAGAAAGACAGAAAUAUUCCAAUGGAUAUUCUUUCGGUUGUACCUUUUAGGGUUUCUUAGGAAUAUCCCCUAUAAAUAGGAAGAGAUAAAGAACAAAAAGGGGAUCUUGAUUUUUGGAUAAGAACACAUUGUAAAGGUUGAUUACAGAGAAUAUACAAAGCUUGUCUUGUCCACUGAUUCCAUUAUUCAACAUCUUUUACUCACAA